UCUUUUCAUGAACUGGCUAGUAAUUUGGACCUAUUUGUGUGCUGCUACUGUGUGCUUCGACCCGACAAUGGCAGACUUCCGAAUAUCAAAGAUCUUAGAUAACGUGCCGGCCCUGGCCCUUCGUGCUCGCGACGACUCCCGUGAUGAUGUGUUGAAUUUCAUUGACUAUUCCGACAAGUUUGUGAGCCAAUUCGAUAAAUACCGAUAUGUGAUUCAUACUGACUCCGAUGAGUUCCAGCUGCUUAACAACCACAUGAUGGGUGAAUCACGUGAGCCCCAACUGUUGCAGUGGUUCCACCGAGCUGUUACGAGGAUUUCGGACCAGGUUCGCCUUGUGGCCCAGAUCUUAAGAAGGCAUAAGAUCUAUACGAUUUACUCAUUAGAGACAAAGUUCGGUGAGUUCUUGGUGGUGGUAGAUGUGGGCGUAGACCUACCAGUUAUGGAAUUGACCCAGUGGAUCAGUGAGUUCCAAACGAUGAAGUUUAGAAAUAAGCGCAGCUGGUGUGAUAACCUUGAUUAUUUUCAUACGGUGAAGUUUAUUGUGUUGGGGGAGGAUGUAGGACGAAGCUGUGAUGAGUUAAUAAAUACUGAAGACACUAUUGAUGUGAAGGAUGAGUUGUGAGAAGUGUCUAAAAGUUGUUGAAAUGACUGUACUACUCAAAUGCGAAUCAAAGUCAAGGUUCUGAAGGAGGUAUUUUGAAGACAUCAUUGAGUGGAAAGAGUGACGUAACGAAAUAGAAUAAGACCCUACAGAUACU